GGGAAGAGCAUAGCAGGACCACUAAGGUUGGAAUUUCUUGUAUCCAAUGCAAGAUGCUGCAGUUCCAGCUUGUUGUGGUGCACUUGGCCCUUGUGAUUACCCUGUUGCAGUGGCAUUCUACCUCAGUGCUCCUUGUGGUGGCAGCUUCAGAGCCUUUGGAGCCUUCUGCUGCUCUGGGCAUGGGAGCACACCCCAUUGCCAGUGAAGAGAAGUCAGCCACCAACCUGGCAGCCAAACUGUUCCUUCUUGAUGAGCUGGUGUCUCUGGAGAAUGAGGUGACUGAGACCAAGAAGAAAAGGAGUUUCCCAGGAUUUGGGUCCCCGAUUGACAGAAUUUCUUCUGCUCCUGUGGAUGUUAAAGGCAAACAGAGGAAAGUGGUUGAGCUGCCUAAGAGACGUUUUGGAGUUCCUCUUGACCGGAUUGGAGUGAGCCAUCUUGGCAACACCAAGGGUUAGCAGUUCCUGCAAGUGCUUCUGUUCUGAAUGACUGAUGCUGUAUUGGAAACAUUACAGAAAUUCAGAAGAUGCAUCACAACAUACCUUGUCAUUGACUAUAUAUAUAAUACUCAAGGAAUUGUCCUCCUGCAAAAUUGUUUCACACUGCAUUUUACAAAAGUUGCAUUUACAAAUACUAACAAUUUCAAUUCAUCAAGUCAUUAUGCUCUCACAGUUGUGCACGGUAUCACUGAUAGGAGGGGACAGAAAGUAUGUAUAUAGUUUAAUUGCAUGGCAUUUAUUUCUUAAAUCAGCAGAAGUUCAUUAUUCUAGCAAGGACUGUUAGAUUUUUUGGAUUGAAAAUAAAGACUACAGAGAUGCCAACAG